AUGAUCAUACAUAAAUCAUUAAUAUUUUUUUUUUCAUUUAACAAACACAUCAAUCUUCAUUUGUCUCAGUUCCUCAUGAUCUCCAAUAUUAGUUUACAUAUUUUUACUUUAUUCAUUUUAUUUCUAAUUUUUGCCAAUAACUAUAAAAUCUUGGCUAAUAAUAUCUAUCGUAGAAAUGACUACGUAUCUCCAUCAUUAAUAUUCGAUAAUGAUCAACCAAAAAUUUUAUUCGAACCAGAUAAUUUAUUUUAUGAAUCCAUUGAUGAUGAAAUACCAUCAUCUGAUUAUUGGUCUAUAAUAUUUCGUCCGAAUUAUAUUCCACCAGUGCCUAAUACCGGUUCACGGCGUAGUAUAAAUCCUUCAAUGCCAUUUAAGAAACGUAAAAUUCCACUUGAACUUCAAAAAGCACUAUAUGCUCAUGGAAUCGUUGGUCGUCGACGUUAA